GCAGCCCACAUAAGUUGACAAUGUCUAGAUUACUGUUUAUAUUUCUGUUAUUAACAAUUAUUGCUGUGCCAUUCGUGCUCAGCAAAAGAAGUUUAGUUUUUGUGGUGGAUACUACGAUAUCCAUGACAGACGAAAUUUCAAUAAUAAAAUCUAACAUCAAUGCUACGGUUGAUUCAAUUAAAGACUUCGAUGUAGAAUUCAUCUUGCUUCCAUUUGCAGACCCUGAGGUGGGCCCACCAAUUAAUGAAACAACCAGCGGAUUUCUUGAUAUGGUCCACCUACUUGAAGAAAAAGGAGAAAAUGAUUGUCCUGAAGAGUCACUUGGAGCUAUUAAAAUGGCCUUAGAACGGAGUGGACCAAAUUCCCACAUCUACGUCUUUACCGAUGCUAAACCCAGAACUAAAGAUAUUGACGAAAUCAAAACAAUCACAAAUAUGUGCGAUAUUCAAAAAAGUCAGGUGCUCAUAUUUUUAACUGGAAAAUGUUCGCCGACAGACCCAAUAGAUGCUGUUUACUAUGACGUAGCAAAAAACUGUAGGGGUUCAGUGAUUCUCUACGAUCUGGGAAGUUUGCGUCAUGCAUUUAAAUACAUUAAGGAAAUCGUGAAAACACAGUGGAAUCAGGUAGACGCUCAAUACGAUUUCUUAAGGGGAAAAAAUAUUUCAUUUGCUGUUGAUACGUAUACCACGGAUAUGAUGAUUAGCGUAGCUGGAGAUCAUCCAGACAUAGAAAUAAUAAAUCAUCUUGGAGAAAAGAUGGACGUUCAGCGAAUCAUCAACACUAGUACUGCUUGUGUGGUAAUAAUGCAACAACUAACCGAAGGUGAAUACAAAGCAGCAGUUACAGGAGUCGACUAUGGUAUGGUGACGAUAUAUACCCGUCGUGCAAUACACGUAGAAUUUGGUUUUUCAUCAAAACUACCAAGAAGCUUAGAUGAGACAUCCAAGGCACCGAUACCAGGAAUAAGCUGUUACAUUUUGGUAAUAUUGGACGCCAACUUGGAAUUAACGUCAAUAAAACUUCAAAUAGCUAAAACUGGAGAGGAGAUACAUUUGCAGUACCAGGCGUUGGAUAAAACCCGAGGAUAUUAUGUUGCCAAUAAUAUCUUUGAGCAUGGAAAGACCUUUAAACUAUCUAUAACUGCGAGACACAAAGAAAACAAAACUGUUAUAGAAGGUGUUACUCCACCAGUGAAGCCUCAAGACCCAGGUAAGUCAACAGCAUGGAUGAAGCCGGUAGUACAACUCAUCGGUCACGAAAUGAAUUGGGCUGAUUUCGGAGAUAGUACGACCUUUGCCUGCAAGGUCACAGGUUUUCCUAAGCCGCGUAUUAUUUGGACAGACGAUAUUGGCAACACUCUUCCAUUUCAAUGUGUACUUGUUGAGAUCCCGUCUGUUUACCUGACCUAUGCCAAUGUUGCGAAUGCUACGAGGAAUUCCAUCAUAACCUGCACGGCAGAGAAUGCUAUGGGUGCCGAUGCAGUGUCAAUUAAACUGUUUGUUAACAGAACGAAUACCUUUAAGGUUUUGAAAUCGCCUUCAGAUAUAACAGUUCAGUACGGGGAGGAAGGAAGGUUAUACUGUGAGGUAGACGCACAUCCGAGAGCGGAAAUAACUUGGCUACAUAACAAUACCGCAGUUGUAGAAAAUGAUAAUAUCAAGUUUGAGCCGGAAAACCAUGCGUUGGUGAUACGGAAUAUGGAUAUUGAGAGCACAGGCGAAUAUAUCUGUGAGAUUAACAACAAUAUUGAAUCAAGAUCACUGGGAGCGUCAGUGGUUAUAACAGGAUUAGUUUCGCCGUACAUUAAACCUCCACUUAUUAAGAAUAUCACGCAGCCUUUGGGAACAGAUGUAAACUUUGAGUGCUAUGUUGAACGAGGAACUCCAGUACCGUCAUCAAGGUGGGAGUUCAUGUCUCCUAAUGGCAAUAUUACUCUUUUGACUACUGGUAACUCGAUUGGUCCUCUUAAUUAUAACCUCAAAAAUAUAUCGAAAAGAGACGAGGGAAUAUACAGCUGCACCGCUGGCAACAUGCUGGCUGUGGACACAAUACAUAUUUCUCUUAAAGUCAUACAAAAUUAAAAGAUGGCUACAUAGAUAUAAAAGCCUUGAUUAUAUAACCAACCCUAUAUUAUUUUAAUUCAAUUAUCAACAAAAAAUAAAAAAAGACGAUUGUUACACAAAUAUGUAAUAAUAUACAAAAUGUAACAUCCUUUACCAAAUGUAUGUACAGGCAGCAUCAAAAAUAUAGCGUAUUUAAAAACAUCGUAACACCCAUCGUUACCAUAUACAUCGAUUCACCAAAAGUGACCAAAUAAAUAGCGUCAUAUAAAGAAGUCAAAUAUACCGGGACACAGUAAACGUCAAAAACUUAGAAACACACAGUGUUCAAAAAUAUGGAUACAUUUAUGGAAAAUGAACUUUCGGAUUAAGUAUAUAGGAUUAAAAUUUGAUUAUAUUUUGAACAUAUUUUUGAACACUGCUUGUUUCUACGUUUAUGACGUUUACUGUGUCCCGGUAUAUUUGACUUCUUUAUAUGACGCUAUUUAUUUGGUCACUUUCGGUGAAUCGAUGUAUAUGGUAACGAUGGGUGUUACCAUGUUUUUCAAUACAAUGGAUGUCAAUAUCUUUUUGACGCUGACUGUACAUCAAUAAUUAUUCUCGUUUGCUUAAUUGGAGCCUCGUUUUAUAUUAAGAGACUCCUUUAUGUUAUCGUUAAUAUAAAAUUGUAUAACCAACCAUUACAUUAUUUUACAUAUAAGUAAUAUCUUAAAGUCUUGUUUUCAUACGAAAUGUAACUUUCCUUACCAAAUUUAUACUUCAAUUAUAGUCUUCUACUCGAUUGGAGCCUCGUUUUAAGCAUUGUAGCGUCUAUAUUUAGAGACUCCUUUAUGUCAUCCUUAAUAUAAGAUGAUAUGUAUCAACCGUUUCGAUUUUCUAAUAAAAUUAUAUAUAUCAA